AUGUAUCGGAAGUUGUCUAAGUUAGAACACUCGGAAAUAAAACAACUUCUUACAGAAGCUAAUAUAGAUGUUGCAAAGCAUUACGCAACAAACAAAAAGGCACUCGCUGACAUCCUCAAUGACUAUAAUGGUGAAAUAACUUAUGAUAGAAUUCAUGAGUUCAUAAAGCCGCAACGCGGCGAGGACGAAGUCCAUGCAAGAGCAUUUCCUUUAAAUGACGUUGCUAUUGACUUAUAUCAUAGACGUUCAAUACCUCAUGAAGUAAGAAGAGAAAUGUUUGACAUAACAAAUGCGAACGUGGUCAUACUCGUAAAGCUCUUUCGCAUGAAGUAA